AUGCCGCGAACCACAAGAAGAUCCUUUAAAACCUUGCAGCAUGCCGCUACAGACACGGAAAAUUUAGUUGGCAGACCUUCUAAAAAUUUAAAACACCAACUAUCUCAAGAGACCCUCAUAGAUUUAGAAGUAAAAAGAAAGAAUAUUGCUACUAAGGAGGUGCAAGUAGAUAUUAAAGACAAAGUAUCAGUGGAUGAUCUUACUAACCCUGAUGGGGCUUCUGAAAAAUAUUGGGAAAUUUUAGCAGAAAAGCGGCAACAAGCAUUACAUGAAGCUUUAGAUGAAAAUGAAAAGUUAAGAAAAAUUAUCGAUGACUUGAAAGAAGAAAACUCUCAAUAUAUAAAGAUGUUGGAAGAAGCCAAUAGCUUUGUUGAAGUUAUAAAGGAAGAGCUUGCUAAUGGUAGCAAUAAUGACACUGGCAUUGAUGUGAACGAUAUCAGUACAGCUGAUGAAGCAGCAGAUGAAACACAGGAGAGCACUGAAGAAACAAAGACUGAAUGA